AUUAUCGAUAAUGAUUAAUAUGAAGCAUAAUUAAUUGAAAGGUAAACAACUUGUUAGAUAGGAUCAAACUUUAAACAGCAAAAAUGGCUCAGAUAACAAAUUCCAAAGAAUUAUUAUCAACAGCGCUUCAAAGUCGUAUAAUUCCGAACCAAGAAUUUUUAUUGCAAGGAUCUAUUCUAGAUUCAGCAGUUGAUCAUUUAAUACAUCGGUGUAGACCAGAUAAGGUGUUUGUGCCAUUGGAAAUGUUCUCACAACCCGAAUUUUCUAUCGUUGUCAUUAUGAAUUAUAAAAAAUUAAGAGGACUAUGUGAUACCGUGGAUGCAUCACCAGAACCGUUUCAUGAUUUGGAAGUGUGCUUAAGUCUAAGGCAGCCAACGCAGACCGCACCGCUAAUGCUUCGUGUUCGAAGAGCCUUAGACAGAGAUUCUCCUUUCCAAUUACGAUACAUAGGUCAGCCUGAGUUAGAUAGAUCUCGUCCAACGUUGGUUCGAUCCAGCAUAGAUGUUGGUUGUACCUCAACAAUUCUAGAUUUCCUUACAGAAUUGGGUUGCAGAUUGGAUUUCGAAUACGUCAGUCGAGGUUAUAUUUUUCGGAAAGGAAGGAUGAAAAUAACUGUGUCUAAAAUCAAGGCUGUGUCUGCAAAACAACAGGAAAUUGGUUCGGAAACAGUAUCUCAAAGUUAUCUCGUUGAACUUUCUGUUCUUGCCCCAAAUGGACAAGAUUCUAUCGGAGAUGAAAUGCGUAUAUUUGCCGAACAAUUGAAACCGUUAGUUCAGUUAGAAAAAAUUGAUUACAAGCGGCUUGGUGGUUUACCAUGAAAAUUUGUUUGAAAAAGAAAAAAACAAUUAAGAUAAUAAAAAAAUUGUAUUUACUGGUUAAAUAAAAGUGUUAUAAACUUAUUUUCUUCUUACCCAAUUCUAACAGCAGAUUAGCUAUCAAGUUGCCGGCAGUGUGAAGGGAAAAAACUGGUUUCUCAAUAAAAAAUUUAAUUGAUCAAUUAAUAGUGGGAAAAGCUAUUGCCCAUCGUGGUUACAAUAAUUUGGGCCAAUGUUCGGAUAAACAUUCGUGGUGAGUUAAUCUUUCAUUGAAGUGAAUUACAAAAGUGAAUACAGGUGGAAUUGAUAUCAAACAACUGGAAGUAUAUAUCGCCUCUCGAAUAUUCUAGCAACUUCGAAUAUCGAUGUCUGGCUUGUUAUCAAUUUCAAUUGUCGAUUCUAGUUUGUUCUGGUAUCACUUUCUUUACACUACCCUCCACUUAAAUCUGAUCGUCCCGAUUAGACUUACUUCCAGAACCAAACGCUUAGUAUUUCUUCAUCUCUUUUCGUCUUUUAGGACAAUGUUGGCUUCCUUAGCAUUUCCAAAAUUAACCUCCCAGUCGUCUUUGACGUUGUUUCCUAAACAGCAGGUCGAUAAACCAGGAACACGGAUAUAUGGGUAUCCUCUGUACCUGUGGUGAUACCUGACCACCAGCUACCUUAAUGUAUGUAUGGAUGUAAUGCAGCUGCAAGAGUUUUUCGGUCACAUAACUUCUGAUACAUCUCUCGACUACUGAUGCACACGUCCGCCAUCUCGUCAAUCUCUUGGCUUAGAAUUGGGUAUUCCUCCGUCUUGACUACCAAAACACUCCUGUUUUCUGAUUUACUGGUAGGUAAUGGACCAGCUACAAUCAUGGCGAAUCGUUCAAAUGUCGCUCCUAAACUGUACUGCUUCAUCUGACCAUGACUCUUGGAACUCGACACUUUAGAUGCAAUGCACUCCCUCAUUGAUUGACGACAACCAACCCAAUAAAAUGGAUUCUUCAAUUUUACCAAGGCUUUCGUGAUUCUCAAGUAUCCUUGAUUUAGACCUCUGUGCAUCUCGUUGCAAUCUAUAUGUAAUCUUUCACUCCGAGCAAUCAUGAGAGAACGGGAGCUUUGUCCUUCUUUGCUUUUCCACACUUGAUAUAAGCAACCAACAACCCCUCCUCUUUCAACUGUGAGGACACCACAUUCACUUCUCUCCAUGCGUUUCUAAAGGUUUUAACAUAUACGUCUGAUUCGCUUCCAACUGUGUGGACAUAUUCUCACCAUGCUCUUCCAGCUGUCUUAACAUGUCUGCGCUAUUUGAGGUCACAUCCAUUGACUCCUCCUCCUGCUUUUCCAGCUGUGAGGACACCCUAUUCGCUUCCGACUGUGUUGACAAAAUCUAACCCACUCGCUUCCGACUUCCGCUCUUUUAACUGUGAAGAAAAUUGAGCUGUUAUUUGCGUUGACUGUUAAGCGUGUGUCCCGUUCUUCCAUUCGCGUUGACCAACGCGCGUCCUGCCCUUCAAACUGGGAUUUCAUCUCCUUUAUUUCUAAUGACUGUGCCUGCAACUGUGACGACAUCUGCGAUGACAUCUGGGCUAUAGCAGACAAAAUCAUGUUCAUGUGUGAUAUUAGUGAUACGCAUAGAUAUUUUGGUGAGUUUUAUAACGAACUAAAUAAAAGUACUGCGAUUUUAAAUAUUUUUGAUGAUUGUAAGCAGAAUACACAGAAUACAUUGAAUUAAAAACAGAAGAAAUAUAUAAAUUCUAUGCCUCAUUAAUUGAAAUUUCUUUACCAUCAAAAUCCAACGAAGAAUAACUUUUGCAACAGGUGCUACUUUGACUGAGUACGAAAUUGAAAAGUCCUCUCUCGACGAACCAAAACAAAACUCUGUAAGUCGCUCAUUGUUCCCGUCCUUAUGGGCGAAGUUGACAUUCGAUCAGACAAUUCAAGAUGUUUUCGAGAGAAAGGUUUUACGAAAGAUUUAUGGACUUUUGAACAAUAGCAAAGGCGAAUACCGCAUACGAUGGAACGAUGUGCUGUUAGAGUUAUUCGACGGCAUAGACAUAGUUAAGCGAAUAAAAAGACAACGGUUGCGCUGGCAAGUUCGUGUUGUUCGAAUAGACUAAAACAUUACAGAUUUCCGUUUCGCUAAACAUGGGAGAGAACAAGCGGAUGAUGUAAUAACACUUCUUGUAAUUAUCUUAUAAAUUUGUUAUAUUAGUAAUUUUAUGUAUUUGUCUAUAUUUAGACAAUACAUUAUUUGACCAAAAUAAUUGUUUUCUCUUAAAAUUAACCCUAUUUCGUAAUUUUUUCUUCUCCAAAUCUCUAAUUGUGUGCACAUAGACCGUAAAAUAUCAAAAAUUUUCACGAACAUGGAUUGGUAUGCGCACAGGCCCAUAUACAGUAAAUCUCCUUCGAACGAGUACUGUAUCGUGUAUGACCACUUAACCAAUAUAUGGCAGCUUAUAUAGAGUAACAGAUUUCCAAAAUCAAUCGUUAACGCUAAACCUCCACCCUGAGUUUGAUCACUGGAUUGUCAAACAAAAGUCACACCUUAAUGGCUAUACACUAAUCUUUAUUUCGAAUUCCUUAUAACUUAAAUCUGCUCGUCCCGAUUAGACACACUCCCAGAACUAAACGCUUCGCAUUUCUUUCUUUAAACUCGUCUAGGACACUGCUGUUCUCCUUAGCAUUUCUUUCUCCAUUGGCAUUAAUCUUCGCAGUCGUCUACGCCGUUGUUUCCUGGACAGCAGGCCGAUAAGCCAGGAACAAGGGUAUAUGGGCAUCCUCUGUACCUGUGGUGAUACCUGUCCACCAGCCUUCUAAAACGCUCUUCCGGAUGAUUCGUUCCACGAUGCUUUCGGACUUUGGAUGUAAUAAAACUGCAAGUGUUUUCCGGACACAUAGCUUCUGGCACAUCUCCCAACUUUUGAUGUCCACGUCCGCCCAAUCGUCAGUUUUUUACCACGAAUUGGGCACACUUGUUUCCUGAUUUAUUGGUAGGUAAUGGAACUGCUACAACCAUGGCGAAUCGCUCAAAAGGAGUUCCCAAACUGUAAUGCUUCAUUUGACCAAGACCAAGAAUGAUAGAAGACAAGAUUACGACAGGCUGAGCGUUCACGACCAACGAAUGGGAAUAGGCAACAGAAGAAUUGUCAAAUGGAAAACGGAAAUGUGAAACAUAGUGAACCAAAUUGAAUAAUGUGCAGAUAAAAUAUCACAAUGAACGUAAUUCUUAAAAUCUUCAUUUAUAAAAUGAUCUAAUAUAAUCAUGCAUAUUUAUAAUUAAAAUUAUAUGUUUUGUUACAAAAAGUUCGCCAUUUUGCCAACUUUUUUGUUGGUUGGAAAAGUGAGAAAAAAAUCUUUAUAGACGACUUUUUUGUACUAUUGUUGUUUAAUUCCGCCAUUGCGGACUUCUUUUUCAAAUUAAUACAUUUUUCACUUAAAAUUUUAAAUAAUAAUUAAGCACAAGCCUUGACUUCAG